AUGGAAGCAGACAGCAGCGCAGCAGCAGCAGCAGGAGCAGCAGCAGCAGCACCAGCAGCAGGAGCAGCAGCAGCAGCAGCAGCAGAAGGAGCAGCAGCAGCAGAGAUGCGGCCCCUUACACUUGAAGACGAAAGAGACGGGGGGGGCGUCGCCUCGCACCCUAGCAGCACCAGCAGCAGCAGCAGCGGCAGCAGCAACAGCAGCAGCAGCAACAGCAGGCAGCGCUGCAGCAGCCUUGAUGGCCGCUACUGGCAGGUCGCGAACGGAAGAGAAGCAGAAGGAAGGCGACGCUCACGCAGACAGCAGCAGCAGCAGCAGCAGCAGCAGCAGCAGCAGGAUGCUGAGGGGGUCUCUGCCUCCGAGGGCCCCAGCACCCCUGAUGAUGUUUCAGUAAGCAGCAGAAGCAGAAGAACACAGCAGCAGCAGCAGCAGCAGCAGCAGCAGCAGCAGCAGCAGCAGCAGCAGCAGCAGCAGCAACAGCAACAGCAGCUGAUGAGGCAGAGGAGCCGCAGCACUGGACGGUGCGACCUAAGGGCUUCGGAAUCUGAUCGCGAGCAGCAGCAGCAGCAGCAGCAGCAGAAGCCGCAGCAGCAACCGAAGCAGCAGCAGCAGCAGCAGCAGCAGCAGCAGCAGCAAACAGAAGAGCCACGGGGCCUCCAGCGCUCGCUGCGGGUAAGACUUCCCCCCAAAAGAUUAGCAGAGGAAGGGCUUGCUGCAGCAGAGCAGCAGCAGCGACGCCAGCAGCAGCAGCAGCAGCAGACAGCAGAAGCUGAAGAUCGAUCCCGCACUCGAAGCGCCCGACUGCAGCAGCAGCAGCAACAGCAGCAGCAGCAACAACAGCAGCAGCAGCAGCAGCAGCAGCAAGGGACGCAGCGCCCCCUCUCCCUUCGCCUACAGGCGCUGCGAUCCCGGCAGCCGCAGCAGCAGCAGCAGCAGCAGAAAGAUGAUGAAGAGGAGGAGCAGCAGCAGGAGCAGCAGCAGCAGCAGCAGGAAGACGAGGGAGAUGAUGAAGAAGAUGAAUCCACAGCAGCAGCAGCAGCAGCAGCAGCAGGUACCCGAUACAGCUUGCGAGCGAAGCGUCAUAAGAAAGAAGUUUUUCAUGCUGAUAUCCUUGCAAAGAAAAGCUAUAAGCCUUUAUCUGCUGCUGCUGCUGCAGCAGCAGCAGCAGCAGGAAGGAGACCGCGAGACAGCAGCAUGGGGGACACAGCAGCAGCGCUGGCUGACGGUGAUAACAGCACAGAAGAAGCAGAAGCAGCAGCAGCAGCAGCAGCAGAAGGAGACAGCAGCAAAAACGGCUUCAGCGAUUCAGAGUACGAUUUGCUGCUGUCGGAUGGUGAGGCAGCAGCAGCAGCAGCAGCAGCAUCAGCAGCAGCAGCGGCAGCCGCCGAAGCCGCAGCAGCAGGAGCUGCUGCUGCCUCAGCAGCAGCAGCAGCAGCAGCAGGAGGUGCUGCUGCUGCAGCUAAACGAAGAGGGGGCCCCGGGAGGCCUCGCCUCCAUCCCUUGGGGCUAAGAAGCAGCAGCAGCAGCACUUAUACUGUGCCGCUUCCUGCUGCGCUGCAAGAUGUUAAACAAAAAAUAUUUAGAGAUCCUAAGCUUGUUGAAUUUGCUCUACCCUUCAUCCAUUUCUAUUUACCCGUGCUGCUCCUCAGCAGCAAAAGACAGCAGCAGCGGGGUGCAGCAUAUACAGAACUUUAUCUCAGCAGCAAAACUUCAUUUCAAGAACAAAUGCUGCUGCUGCAGCAGCUGCACCAGCAGCAGCAGCAGCAGCAAGUGCAGCAGCAACAAGGCUUGGAAGACAUGCAGCAGCAGGAGCAGCAGCAGGAGCAGCAGCAGGAGCAGCAGCAGCAGCAGGAUGGCGACAGCAGCGACAGCAGCGAGGAAGCUGACACAGCAGCAGCUGACUCUAAUGCAACAGCAGGAACAUCAGCAGCACCAGCAGCAGCAGCAUCAGGGAAGCUGUCGCUUCCUGGAGGAGCACCAGCGACAACAGCAGCAGCAGCAGCAGCAGCAGCAGCAGCAGCAGCAGCAGCAAGGAAACCAGGAAGAAGGGGCCCCCGCCGCAGGUUUAGAAGAGGAGGUUCUGUUGCUUUACCUCGCACAGCUCCUCCUUUAGUAUCAUACAGCAGACAGCAAUUUCUAACAUCUGCUGCUGCUGCUGCUGCAGCAGCAGCAGCAGCAGCAGCCGGAGGAGCAGGAGCAGCAGGAGCAGCAGCAGCAGCAGCAGCAGCAGCAGAUAAUGAGGGUAGAGGGAGGGUGUUCUGCGGCUUUGAUUCUGAUAAUCGCGGUCUUUCUCUGUCAGCAGCACGCCUCUGGGCUUCUGCUGCUGCUGCUAGAGAAGCAUCAGAUGUCGCUCUUGCUGUUGCUGCUACCAACAGCCCCGAGUUCUGGGGUGCUUCGCCUGCUGCUGCUGCUGCUGCUGCUUGUAGCAGCAGCAGCUGUUGCAGCAGCAGCUGCAGUAGCGGUUGCAGCAAGUGGAGCAGCUCGAGCAGCAGCAAUGGCUGCUGCUGCUGCUGCACAACAGAGAAUACCUACCGCCAGGUGCGGCGCCGCCUUGCUGCUUCUUUCUGCGGUCUGGAGCAGCAGCUGCAGCAGCUGCUGCUGCUGCUGCCUCCUUCAGCGUUGCUGCAGGGGGGGUUGCCUCAUAGGAGGCCCAGAGUAAGGGGGGCUUUGAAGGGGCCUGAGGAGGGCUCAGCAGCAGCAGCAGCAGCAGCAGCAGCAGCAGCAGCAAGUCCUGCAGCUGUUGCAGCUGCAGCAACGUCAACGACUGCAGCAGCAGCAACAGCAGCAACAGCAGCAGAAGGGCAGCAGCAAGCAGAAGGCUCCACGCUUUUUUUUAACUCGCAGACAUUUGGGGUGUACGGUGCUCAGGAGGGAUUUGCUGCUGCUGCUGCUGCAGCUCCAACAGCAGCAGCAGCAGCAGCAGAUCCAGCAGCAGCAACAGGGUGGAAGAAGCCUGCUGCUUCUUGGCUGCUGCUGCACCGUCUUGCUGCUGAGGGGGGUUCUACUUUGCCUAGGGGCCCCGCCUGGCGCGUUGCUUGGGGAGAAGCAGAAGCAGCAGCAGCAGCUGCUGCUGCUGCUGCUGCUGGUCCUGACGGUGAUGCAGCUGCAAGCACAGGAGCAGGGGAAAAGUCAGCAGCAGCAGCAGCAGCAGCAGCAGCAGCAGCAGCAGGUGGUUUGCGCGAAUGGCAGCAACAGCGGCUACAGGAGAAGCAGCAGCUGCUGCCGCCACUGCCUGCAACAGCAGCAGCAGCAGCAGCACCAGGAGGAGGAGGAGGAGCAGCAGCAGCAGCAGGAGACUGCGCAUUUGUUUUAUCAGCAGAUUACCUCGAAAUAUAUAAUUCAAUCUGGGAGGGGAGAGGGGCCUACUUGGUUCCUUCACUGCAGCAGCACACAGCCAAAGUUUGCUGCUGGCUUGACGAGCAGCAGCAGCGCAAGCGCAGCAGAGAAGAAGCACUCGCUGCUGCUGCUUCUGCUGCUGCGGCGGCUGCUGCUGCUGCCAACGCAGACGCAGCUGCGCCGGCGACAGCAUCAGGCGCAGCAGCAACAAGCGCAGCAGCAGCAGCAGCAGCAGCAGCAGCAGCAGCAAAGAAGAAGAGCCUCGCCUUCAAGGGGCCCCCCCUCCCUAAGCGCCCCGACCCAGAGCAUUUUGUCUCUGCUCUGUGGAGCCCGUCGCGUCAGCAGCAGCAGCAGCAGCAGCAGCAGCAGCAGCAGAACAAGCAGGUGCAGGGGAGCUCAAAGAAGCGGAAGCUGCUGCAACAGCAGCAGGGGCUGAAACAGCCUAUGCAGCCGCAGCAGCAGCAGCAGCAGCAGCAGCAGCAACAGCAGCAGCAGCAGCAGCAAGGGGAACUUCCCUCCGCCAGCUCGCAUUCUGCUGCUGGGUGCACGAAGACGCCUGGGGAGCAGCAGCAGCAGCAGCAACAGCAGCAGCAGCAGCAGCAACUGCAGCAACAGCAGCAGCAGCAGGCCGACUCCGAUGCUACUGGAGCUCCCAGUAGCCCCGCGCCAUCUUCUCAAGCAGGGGCUGCUGCAGCAGCAGCAGCAGCUCCAGCAGCAGCAGCAGGAGCAACAGCAACAGCAGCAGCAACUGCAGCAGCAGCAGCAACAGCGAAGAAGUCGCCAUUUGCCCAGGUGGAUGCGCUGCUGCAGCUGUUACGUGCUGAGCGUGCAUGCAUAGCAGCAGCAGCAGGUCCUGCUGCUGCUGCUGCUGAUCCUGGUGCAGCAGGAGCAGCAACAGCAACAGCAGCAGCAGCACCAGAGGAGCAGCAACUGUCUAUUGAUGUUGUGAGGCUUCUCUCAUGGCGACUACGCAAGGAAGUUGCUGCUGCUGCUCAGCUGCCUGAGUGCGGCAAACGAAAAUUAAAUACAAGAGUAAAAGAGAUUGCUGCUGAGUUUGCUGCUGCUGCUGCUGCUCUAGCAAGCGGCAGCAGCACAUCUGACGACGUGGCUGCUGCAGCUACCGACAGCAGCAACUCCAAUACACUGCUGCAGCAGCAGCAAGAACAAGGCGAUGCAGCAUCAGCAUCAGCAGCUGCUGCUGCUGCCAGCGAGGCCCCUUCCCCUCCUGCAGCAGCAGCAGCAGCAGCAGCAGCAGCACCUGCUGCUGCUGCUGAAGGAGGAAGCCGCCCCCGGCGAGUCGCUGCGGGGUCGCGUAUGGCUGGGUUUGUUACACUCCUCAAAAGAGGGGCCUCCCUCGACCCGGCUGCUGUGCCUGGAGAGGAGGCGUUGGCUGCUGCUGCUGCUGCCGCAGCAGCAGCAGCAGCAGCACAAGAUGCUUCGCUGACAGCAUCUCCAACACCAAGUUGUGCAGCAAAUUCAUCGGGGGGUGUAUGCACAGCAACAGCACAGCAGCAGCAGCAGCAGCAGCAGCAGCAGCUGCGCGCGGUUGUUGCGGCGGAGUUGCUGCAGCAGGUUACUGCUGAUGGUAGGGAAGGAGCGACUGCAGCAGCAGCAGCAGCAGCAGCACCUCUAGACUCGCUGCAGCGCGUGCUGCAGCAGCUGCCUCUAAACGAAGCAGCAGCAAGGCUGGGUGUACACCGCAGCACUUUAGCGCGGUGGGGUCGUAUGUGGUCUCUUAAACAGCCGCAGCCGCAGCAGCAGCAGCAGCAGCAACAGCAACAGCAGCAGCGGAGUAGCGCAGCGGUCGUACCUUCGCAGACCGAUGCAGCUGCAGCACCAGCAGCAGCAGCAGCAGCAGCAACCGCAGAAUAG